UAUGGUUGAGGUGUAGCGCGGCUUACCAAUAUCUAAAGCCUUCUACCAGUCUCGUGUACCUUCUGUGCAUGGCAACAAGCACCGACCGCUUUCCCUAGCGAGAAAGCUUUCUGCAGAAGAUUCAAUCAACCAAAAGUUGGUAGGCUAGCCUAAACGCUGCCGGCUGCGGUCGCAGCAGCAUCUCUCGCGCCCAAACGGCGCCAAACGACCCCGCGGAGCUGACUAGAGCAGCAACAGCAGAGGAAAGGUAGUAACGGAAGCAGCAGCGGACAGGGGCAGCCGCUAUCAUGGCGGAUCGCCUGGACCCGCCUGCCGACUCGGAGGAGGCAGGCGGGCUGCUGGUGCGCCCGGAGCGCCCGGUCUUCAAGGCCCCGGCGCCCCGGACCUCCAUGCUAGGCCUGGACAAGUUGGCGGCUCAGAAGCGGGCGGAGCUGGCGGAGCGCGAGAGCAAGCGCGUGAAGCUGUCCUACGAGGAGGACCCGGACGCCAGCAACCCACAAGCGACUGCUACUGCUACUGCUACUGCUACUGCCAGCGGGGGCGGCGGCGGCGGCGGCAGUAGCAGCACCAUGCCGCCGCCUGGCGGCGAGCGGCGCUUCCGCGGCCAGCGCACAGAGACGCCGUCACACCCGGGCGGCGUCAACUCGGCGGCGCUGGAGUCUCUGGCGGAGCAUAAGGAGCGCCAGCGGCAGCGCGAGCGCAGCGGUCUGUACGCCUCCACCUCGGCAGGAGACCGGGGAGACAGGGGCGGAGACAGGGACGGAGACAGGGGCGGAGACAGGGGCGGCAGGGAGCGGGAUGGAGGCAGGGAGCGGGAUGGAGGCAGGGGAGACCGGGAGGGCGGCCGCGACAGCAGGGACAGGGACGGCAGGGACAGCCGGGACCGUGGCGGCGGCAGUAGCAACCACAACAACAGCAACAGCAACAACGUCCAUAACGACGACGAGCUGCAGCGCUCGGACGCGCGCUUCCAGCAGCACCUGGAGCGAUACCGCCAGGACCGAGACCGCGGCGGCGGCGGCGGCGGCGGCGGCGGUGGCGGCAGUAGCAGGGACCGGGGGCGGGACGAGCGCGGGCGCGACGGCAGUAGCAGCGGCGGCGGCGGCGGCGGCCGCGACAGCCGAGACCACCGCGACCGCGACGGCGGCGACAGGGGCCGCGAUGGCGACCGGGGUCGGGGGCGGGAUUACGGCGGCGGUGGCGGCGGCGGCGGCGGCGGCAGGGACCGUGAUGGCCGGCCGGGCGGCGGCAGCGGCGCGCGGCGCAGCGAUUGGGACAACACGACGCCGGUGCGGCGCGGCGCGGGCGGCGACGAUGAGUGGGCGCUGACGCCGGUGGUGGCGUCGGGGCGGGCGGGUGCGGACCCGUCACGCCCCGGCGGCUCCUCCCGCCCAGGCGCGCCGCGCUCCUCCCACGCCAGCGGCGGCUGGGGCGCCGGUGGCGACACGCCACUGCCCGCCGCCGCCGUACCCGCCGGCGGCGCCGCCGUGCCGUCCGGCCGCAGCGGCGCGGGCGGCGGCGGCGGCGGCGGCGGGGGUGCCGGGGGUUUUGGGCGUGUGCAGUUUGACACGGCGCCCAGCCCGGCGCUCACGCCGUCGUGGAAGAGCAGUAGCUGGAACCGGCAGGGCGGCGGCGCGGGCGGCGGCGGCGGCGGCAAGGGCGGGCGGGGGCCGGUGGAGCGGUCGCCCGACCUGCGGCCCGAGGGCGAGGAGGCCCCGCCGCCCGGCGCGGACGAGUUCGACGAGGUGUAUGCGCGCGAGCGCGAGGACGAGGAGCGGCAGAUGGAGCGCGACUGGUACGACCAGGAGGAGUUUGGCGGCGGCACGGACGACCACGGCACCUCGCGCUUCGUGGGAGACGAGGCGUUGUUCGAGCGCCGCACCGCCGACCUGCAGCGCCGCGUGCGCAAGGACGGCAGCACCAUGUCGCUGGCCGCCACCCGCCGAGCCAACGAGCUGGACAAGGCCAUGAACGCAUGGGAGGAGAACCGACUGCUCACGUCGGGUGUGGUGCGGCUCAAGGAGGUGUCUCUGGACUUCAACGACGAGGACGAGGCACGUGUGUUGCUGCUGGUGCACGACACCAAGCCGCCCUUCCUGGAGGGCAAGGUGGUCAACAACAAGCAGGCCGACAUCGUGCUGCCGCUCAAGGACCCCACCUCCGACAUGGCCGUCAUCGCGCGCAAGGGCAGCGGGCUGGUCAAGGAGGUCCGCGAGAAGAAGGAGAAGAAUAAGAGCCGGCAGCGCUUCUGGGAGGUCGCAGGCUCCAAAAUGGCUGAGAUCACGGGCCUCACCGACGCCGAGGCGCAGGCGGCGGCGGAGGCGGAGGCGGCGCGCAAGGCCGAGGACGGCGGCGACGGCGAGGACGGCGAGGGCAGCUACAAGCAGGCCAACCAGUUCAAGAAUCACAUGAAGAAGAACGAGGCCAACUCGGACUUCAGUCGUAACAAGACGCUGGAGCAGCAGCGCCGCAGCCUGCCCGUUUACGGCGUGCGGGACGAGCUGUUGCAGGUGAUCCGUGAGAACCAGGUUGUGGUGGUGGUGGGCGAGACCGGCAGCGGCAAGACCACACAGAUGACGCAGUACCUGCAUGAGGACGGAUACACCAAGUACGGCACCAUCGGCUGCACUCAGCCCCGCCGCGUGGCCGCCAUGAGUGUGGCCAAGCGCGUCAGCGAGGAGAUGGGCGUGGAGCUGGGGGACCAGGUGGGCUACUCCAUCCGCUUCGAGGACUGCACCUCCGACAAGACCAUCAUCAAGUACAUGACCGACGGCGUGCUGCUGCGCGAGACCCUGAUCAACGAGGACGUGGACAACUACAGUGUGGUGGUGAUGGACGAGGCGCACGAGCGCUCCCUCAACACAGACGUACUGUUCGGCAUCCUCAAGCGCGUGGUGGCGAGGAGGCGUGACUUCAAGCUGAUCGUCACCUCCGCCACCCUGGACGCCCAGAAGUUCUCCGACUUUUUCGGCUCCGUGCCCAUCUUCAUCAUCCCAGGCCGCACCUUCCCGGUGGACGUGCUGUGGAGCCGCACGGUGCAGGAGGACUAUGUGGAGGCGGCGGUGAAGCAGGCGGUCACCAUCCACCUGCGAGACCCGCCCGGGGACAUCCUCAUCUUCAUGACGGGCCAGGAGGAGAUUGAGGCCACCUGCUUCAGCCUGGCGGAGCGGCUGGAGCACAUGCGCAGCGGCGGUAGCGAGAUCCCCGAGCUCCUCAUCCUGCCCAUCUACUCGCAGCUUCCGUCGGACCUGCAGGCCAAGAUCUUCGACAAGGCGGAGGAGGGCGUACGCAAGGUCAUCGUGUCCACCAACAUCGCGGAGACGUCGCUCACCGUGGACGGCAUCCUGUACGUCAUUGACACCGGCUACGUCAAGAUGAAGGUGUACAACCCCAAGAUGGGCAUGGACGCGCUGCAGGUAUUCCCCAUCAGCCAGGCGGCGGCGGGGCAGCGCAGCGGUCGCGCGGGCCGCACCGGCCCCGGCACCUGCUACCGCCUGUACACCGAGAGCGCGUUCAGGCACGAGAUGCUAACCAUGAACGUGCCCGAGAUCCAGCGCACCAACCUGGCCAAUGUGGUGCUGCUGCUCAAGAGCCUCAAGGUGAACGACCUGUUGGAGUUUGGGUUCAUGGACCCGCCGCCGCGUGACAACAUCGUCAACUCCAUGUACAACCUGUGGACACUGGGGGCGCUGGACAACACAGGCGGGCUGACGCACCUUGGCCGCCAGAUGGUGGAGUUCCCGCUGGACCCGCCGUUGGCCAAGAUGCUGCUCAUGGGCGCACAGCUGGGAUGCAGCAACGAGGUGCUAACUGUGGUGUCCAUGCUGUCCGUGCCGCCCGUGUUCUUCCGCCCGCCCGACCGAGCCGAGGAGUCCGACGCCGCACGCGAGAAGUUCUUCGUGCCGGAGUCCGACCACCUCACACUGCUGCACGUGUACAACCAGUGGAAGAACAACGGGUACAGGGGCGACUGGUGUGACCGGCACUACCUGCAGUCCAAGGGCCUGCGCAAGGCCAAGGAGGUGCGUCAGCAGCUGGCGGACAUCAUGCAGCAGUGCGGGCUGCAGCUCACCUCCGCCGGCAGCGACUGGGACAUCGUGCGCAAGGCCAUCUGCUCGGCGUACUUCCAGAACGCCGCCAAGUUCAAGUCUGUGGGCGAGUACGUGAACGCGCGCACCGGCAUGCCCUGCCACCUGCACCCCAGCUCUGCCCUGUACGGGCUGGGCUUCACUCCCGACUACAUCGUGUACCACGAGCUGGUGUUCACCACCAAGGAGUACAUGCAGCUUUAGUGUGAGCGGCUGAAGCAAGCCUGGUCCUCAAUACCCAGCCC